GUGAUAGAGAAGUACUUGAAGACUACUCAUGGGAAAACCCACAAUAAUUAUGAUUUGGAGUUGGUGGAGUUGUUUGCAUGCAAGAAAGAAGCUGAGUAUGAGAAAUUCAAAGAUGUGGGGAACCGCAUGUUGUUAUGGCACGGCUCACGUUUGUCCAACUGGGCUGGCAUUCUUAGCCAGGGUUUAAGGAUUGCCCCACCUGAAGCUCCAUCAACCGGUUAUAUGUUUGGUAAAGGCAUAUACUUUGCUGACAUGGCUAGUAAGAGUGCUAACUACUGCUGGGCAACAAAGAGCUCCAAUGUAGGCCUUCUUUUGCUGUCUGAAGUGGCCCUUGGGAAGAUUAAUGAACUCCUCAAUGCAGAUUACAAUGCCAACAAGCUUCCCAAAGGCUGCAACUCAGUCAAAGGAUGUGGACAAACUGUUCCUGCUCCUAAGAAUUUUACGACAUUGUCUGAUGGAACAUUGGUCCCCAUGGGACCCGGUGAACAAACAGAAAUAAAAAAUUCCAGGGGCUAUACACUCAUGUACAACGAAUACAUAGUUUAUGAUCCUGCUCAAGUGCGAACAAGAUUUCUUCUCAAAAUCAAAUUCAAUUUCAAAUAUUAGUUCCUAUUCAUGACUGAACUUUUGUGUGCUAACCUUUAUUUUAUAUACUUUUGACAGGCACAACAAAUAUCAAGUACAGAGAGCCCCAAUUUUUACUCUGUGAUUACUGCCCACCACUUAAAUGCAGUUUUCAGUGUACCUUGUAGACACAAAUGUUUGUUUUGAUAUUUUUUUGUAUUUUUUAUCCUCUUCACCAUUGAUCGGCUCGUUAGCCGCUUGGGCGCUCGGUCACGUCUCUGUUGGCAAAUACUGGGCAUGCACUGGCUCCUUAAUGUAUCUGAACCUGCUCCUGUGCUGGUCAAGUCUAGUCUUGAAAGAGCUCACGCUCGGUGUCGUCACAACACACUCUGGCAGGUUGUUCCACGAGUUCACAACUCUCACUCCUAAAAAGUUAACCCUCACAGUUUUUCUGGACUUGCAGCUUCUUUAACCUUGAGCUGUGACCCCUUGUAGGGCGAGCGUUUGCCAGCUCCAGGUAUCGAACUCGACUGAGUAGUCCCCUUUCAGAUGUUUAUACACCUCAGUUAGGUCCUACUCUCGAUUUAACGGAAUCCAAUAUAAUGAACUCUUGAUUUAGCGGAAGGAAUUUUUUCCGUUAUUUUUCACUCGAUUUAGUGAAUAGUUUGCUAAAUCGAGAUUAAUUCCGUUCAUAAGCUCUCACCUACGGAGACACCUCAGACACAUGAUAUGUACAUAGAAACAUUAUUCAUGGCUUACCUUGAACUAGGGGGUUUGGUGUUUGUUCUAAAUUUUAUCUAUAAUUCCCAAACUUUUUACCAAUAUAUAGCUGCACUCUUUUUACUUUCUCCUCCACACCACUUCCUUUCUGCCACUUCUGAGAGAUUUUCAGCAUGAUAUCUAAGCACAGUAGUUAGUUGACUGAGAGGUAGCAGUGAACAACACAUGGUGGCAGCAAGGACACAGACUGGGCGGAUGAAAACAAACCCCAAGCGGAACAUUUGGUGUGGAAUUUAUCAUAAUCACGCUCGAUUUAGUGAACUAGUUUUCUAAAUUGAGUGAAAAUAACGGAAUCAAUUUAGCUGAAAUUUCAAUUUAGCGUUAACCCUUGGCCCCGGGUGACGUUCCAGAACGUCCGCCUAUUUUCCCGCCAUUUUUUUUUUUUUAAUUAAUUUUGGAAAUGUUGAUUUUUUUUUCGAUUUAGUCCCGUGUGGGGGGUACUGCCAGCAUCACCCUAACCUGAGGGUUAAGGGGUGGAUCGAAUUUGUUUGUUAAAUCGAGAAAAUACUGUAUCAGCUAGGCACUUGCCGGCGCUGUAUUCUCUCUGGGUAGCUGAGGUGCCAUAGUGCAGGCACCAGUCUGGUGGCUCUCCUUUGGACAUUUUCAAUCAACUGACGGUCCCUAGUAUAUUGCGGGGACCAGACGAGGUGACAGAACUCCAAGCGGGGAAGCACCUCACUCUUGAAGAUCAUAACAAGGGACAGACCAUGUAGAUAUCUGAACGACCUUCUUAUACGACCUAAUAAUAUAACAUAGUUUCUUGUUUCACCUUCUUCUCACAAUGGCCCGAGAACUUCAGUUCAUUGUCAACAUACACACCCAGGUUCUUUUUGCAUAUAUUUUUUUCUUAGAAUGUAAUGUUUUUCACUGCUUUUUUUUUGUAUUGUGAGUCACUAUAAAAAUUCAUCAGUAGCCAAUAUCAAUUUGAUAUUUCCUAAAUCCAAGGGAAGAAUCCUCAUUUAAUCAUCUCCAGCUUCCAGAAUCCUUCACAUUUUUGUAUUAAGGAAACUUACAUGUUUUUGAGGAGGUGGAUUACCUGAACACAUUGUAUUGGAAACAGGUCAAAUUAGGACCUUGACAUUGUUCACAGCGCUCACAAAAGUUUUAUGUGAUAUAUUUUAACAAUUAUUUGCCUUAGAUACAUUUGUUAAACAUUUGAUAACUCUUCAUUUUAAGAAAUUUAACUUCAUAAGUUAUUUAAUGUCCUUAAAAUUCAUUGGGGUCGGUGUGUUGAAGCAACUUAGGUUGUGCCAGCUGGUGCACACUCACCCCAGCGGUUCAUUGAGACAAAAUACUUCAAAGGUAGAGAUGUUUGGCUUGAUGGGAUUGAUGGAGGUGGGUAUUGAGAGAGGGGGAUUAGUUGGAGGAUGAGAGAGAUACAGGACAAGGUUGAUUGUCCACUCCCAUUCUUCUUUUGCCUAAUCAUUUCUAAUUUUACAUCUAUACUAUAGCUACUGAAGUGUGCUUCCUUUUGAGUGCUGCACCACCCUGUUUGGGUUGCAAACUCAUGGCGACAGAUAUGAUACAAUAAUUCACCACAACAUGCACGAAAAGACACGACAAAGGCAGGAGUAAACACAACACCUUACUGAUCUGGAUGAAACAAAGCGGGAGAAUGGCGCGAGACACGUGUGCAUGCAUGAUGCCAGUAGGAGGAUGAAAUUUCAAACGCUUCAGCUAAAAUUCCCUAGAUUUUAUCAGGAGCUUUUGAGUGAAAUCCACUUAAAUGUUGGAACUUUUUAAGUGGAUGGUCACUAAAAGUUGACUACUUAACUGCAAACCUACGGAUAGUGAAUGCUCUAAUAACGAGGACCUCCUGUGCAUUUAAUUACUAAUUUUCAAAAAGUAAACACUUGCCAGCACUGCAGGCGAAGAAUGAAGCAUUGCAGCAGGCGAGAGGCAUGGUAGGUAACUCACGGGAAUGGUAGGUAACGCAGGGGAAUAGUAUGCGAUGGAGGGGAACGCUACAUAAACAGUCAACGGUGUGGCACUUGUGUGUUCUACUGUAAUUUGGUCACUUAUACAAAAUAAAGAAAAUUUUAACAAAAA